AUGGGGCAGCAGAGCAGCCAGAAGCAGCACCUGGAGGUGGCGAGAGUGCAGACAGCGGAUGGGGACGAGCGCGUCGGCAUUCUGCUCAACAAGAAGCUUGCUCCUCUUGUGCUCGACGCCAUCAGUCAGGCUGCUGUUCGCCUGCAGGACACCGAAGCGCUGCCUCUGCCCCUGCCCGGUCCCCCGGCAAGCACACCGGCUGCCCUUCCCUCAGUCCCGCAGCCCCUGGUCCUGCAAGAGAUUGGGAAUGUGACACCGAGGGUUGACUCGGACGCUGCUGGCAUGCUGGAAGAGACCAAGCAUAGGAAGGAGCGGCGCAAGAGCGUCACCAGGAAGAGGUACUCCAAGAGCUCUGCUGAGAGCAGCAAGCAGGAGGCCACCAACACUGCCAUGCAGCUGACAGCAGAGGACGAGGAGCGGCUAGCAAAGUGCGCCUGCUGGGAGAGCAUUGAGCUGCCUCCGAUCAAGGAGGGCGAGGUGAAGAGGGAGGUUGCAGCCAAGGCAGAGCCGCAGGCGGACCCAGAGGCGAAGACAGAGCCGCGUGCCAAGGCUGCGCGUGCAGGCCGGAGCAAGGCAGCGCGCCAGGAGUUUGCCAGCGCCGGAGAGACCUCCUCAGAGUCAGAGCCAGGUGACAACCCCAAGCUGUCUGUUGAUGAGCUGCCAGGGAGCGACAGCGAGGGUGCAUCUGCAAUCGAGCAGCCGAAGCGCGGGCGCAAGGCGGCAGGCGCCGCAGCGGAUGACUCAUCGUCCGAGGAGGCUGCGUCCGACGGCGAUGACUCCGACUGCGAGGUGAUCGGCGAGGCCGCAACCAAGUCAGGCAGCAAGCAGGCGGAGGCUUUAGAGUCAGCCAGCUGUGAAGCGUCUGAGUCAGAGCCGGAGGCGGCAUUGCCGGCAAAGGAAGCUGCAUGCAGCAAGGCGUCCUCUGGAGAGGAGGAGCCGCCGGCCAAACAGCGCAGGGGCCGUAGGGCCUCAAGGCAGCCAAAAGGCCGUAGCCAAGGCCCUGCCAAGCAGGCUGGUGCGGCAGACAGCGGCUCGGACGAUGUAGCCAAGGUGCUGACGAACUCGGACAUCAGCGAGGGGUGGGUGGUGAAGUGCACCUGCGGAGUGACGGCCGACGACGGCCGCGACAUGAUCGAGUGCGACACCUGCAAGACCUGGCAGCACGUCAAAUGCGUGCUGGGCAAGAAGCGCGCCAAGGCCCUGCCGCCGGGGCAGGAGUUCGUCUGCACCUUCUGCCGCGCUGCUGACGAGGACGCCCCCACCAGCAAGCCCGCCAAGGCUGCAGGGAGCGACAAGGAGAAUGCGGACGUGCUGUCGGCGAGCGCUGUGGAUGACAGCAUGGAGGCAGCGCCAGAGGAUGAAGAAGCCCCGGAGGAGGAGGCCAGGGUCAGCACGCCCCUGAAGCGCAAGAAGGCGGCUGAUGGCGGCAAGGAUGAGCGAGAGGCGAAGAAGGGCAAGCUGGGAAAGCUGGCGCGCAAAGCCGCGCGCCGCGCGGCGCUUGCCGCCCGCGAGAAAUCCGCUGCCAAGCGCAUCUCCAGCGCCCGGGACGCCGGCGCUGCGGCGGCCGACAGCGACGCACCGGCCGAGGCCGCCACGCCGACGAAGCGGCCGCGCGCGUCGCCGGCGGCGACUACGGCGCUCGAGGACGGCUCGGACGGGGCCGGCAGCCCGGCGCUGGGGUCGCAGGGCAAGCGGCUGCGCGGGAGGGCGCUGCUGAGCGACAGCGAUGACGAGGACGCGCCGGUGCAGCAGCAGCAGAGGGAACGCAGCUUAGCGCCGGAACCGCCGGCCAACGCCGCGGCGGCCGUGGAUAAGCUGCGCGAGACGUGCAAGCAGCUGCAGGCCGACCUCGGCCGCGCGCACAAGGCGCAGGAGGACCGGGUGGCAAGCGCGGUUGCGGAUGCACGCCGGCAGGCGGAAGCGGCAAUCGAGGAGCGCAUAGAGGCGGCGGUGGCUGAGCGCGUGAACGGCCGCCUGAUGGAUUCCAUGCGCAAGGCCAGGGACCUCGGCCGCCAAAAGGCGGCAGAGGAAUGGAGCCAGCGUUUGGAGAAGCAGCGAGCGGAGAGUGCAGCAGCAUUGGAAGAGGCUCGGGCAUCGGCGGCUGCGCCAAAUGCCUGGAAGUCCGAGAAGGAACAGCUGCUGAGCGCCCAGCGGGAGCUGGCAACGGAGAAGGUCGCACUGGAAAAGAAGCUGGCGGAAGCCGAGACACCAGCGAGCAGCGCAGCAGAGAGCGAUGCUGCCGUUGCGCAGAUCAACUGCCGGCUGGAGGAGGCCUUGGCCGAGAAGCAGGAGCUUGCCAGGGCUCUGGAGGCCGCCAAGGCUGCUCAGAAAGACAUGGAUGCUGCGAGGAAGGAAAUCCAGGGGAUGCAGGCCUCCGCAGUCGCCGACAAGGCAGCUGCCGCGCAGCUGCGGGAGGAAGCCACGCAGCAGGCAGCCGCUGAGCUGGCGCGAGAGCGAGCGCGCCUGGCGGAGGCCGAGGCCGAGAAACAGCGCGCGGUUGCCGCGCAAGCCGCUGCGGAGGCUGAGAAGGAGAAGCUGGCAUCCGAGCUGGAGCAGCUGAGGGAGAAGCGCAGGCUGGCCGGGAUCGAGGAGGAAAGCAGGGCGGAAGCCGCGCGCGCGGCGGAGGUGGCGGCUGCCGAGAAGGCGCGGCUGCAGUCUGAGCUGGCCGAGGCGGCCGACGCGCGCACCGCGCUCGAGGCCCAGCUGAGCGCACUCGCCGCCGAGCUGCAGGGGCUGCGCAGCGCGGCGGCCGCAGCUGCAGCAGGUGACUCAGCGGAGGAGAAUGGGACGGGGACGCCAGUGCGCCGCAGAUCUCUGGGCGGCGCCGGGCCAGCAUCCGCGCCGGCAUCGCUGCAGAAGUCGGCUAUCAAGGGGGCAACCGGACUGGGCAGCAAGCGCGUCAGCUGGGACCCCUCCUUGUGGCCCUCCAAUGACCAGGUUUCUGAGACCCCGGCGAGCAAGCAGCAGAGGCCGAUGCUGCAGACUGACGCCAGCAUGGAGGAGCCCGAGACACCCUCCGGCCACGAGAAGCCGGGCACGCAGCAGGGAGUCAGCGUGGAUCAGGAGCAGCUGCUGGCGUGGAUGCGCGGCCAGAAGCGUCCAGUCAGCGUCGAUGACGUGGCGGCCGGUCUCGGGGUGGCCGGCGCACAUGCGGCAGGGCUCAAGCGCGCGAUGGACGGCCUGCUCAGCGAGUUUGAGAUCUACGAGACCGGCGUCUGCACCGGGCUGUUCCAGGUCCUCUAGGAAGUUUUCUGGGCUGUAUUUUGGACAGAGCUGGAGCGUUCCAGGUCCUCUAGGCAGAUUCUGGGCUCUGUAUUGGAUAGAGCUGGAGCAUGUUAGGGCGCCUGAUAGCUGUCGAGCAGAUUGCUGCUCAGUGGUUUGUGCCGACAGAGUGUCGUGACAGUGAUCAGCAGGCAGACGUUCAGGAGGGUGGCGGGUCAGAACCAGGGAACAAUUAUUUGGUAGGUAGGUUUAGAGCAGGUCAGCUAGGCGUGUCUGAAAUAAAGUAGCACAUCAGUUCUUGAGUCCUGGCACAGCGCAGCUAGCGCACAGGCAGCUAUUAGGUACCUGCUUAUUAGGGCUGGUCUGUUUCCUGCUCUUACAGGCUAGAAUUCUUGGAUCCACUCAUAUGAUUGGAGUGCGCAACUGCAGUGCGGUGCCAGCUAGUGAGUGUGCCGCUUGCAGGAUAUCCUUCCAGGAUCGAUCCUGCAACAAUCCUAGACACCACUGUCACACUAUGGCCAUGCUAUAUGGCAUCAGAGCACUAGUUCCGAACAGAGUCUGAUGCAAUACAUCCGGAUGAUCCAUAUUGCAACACAUGUUGCAAUAUAUUCCAAUUGCUGAUUCAAUGAAUAUAUUCUCGAGAUGUAAAUUGGUAAUAUAUC